AUGACUGGUCGAAGCGUUACCACAACUGCGGUUGCCGCCGCCGCUGCCACGACGACUCUGGCAGCAACUGUGGGAUGGGAGGCUUUCCUUGCUCCUUCGUCGGCUUCGUCUGUUGAGAAGCGCACUGGCACAUCUCUGCGACGGAGGUCCAUCGACACCGCGAGCAACAAUUCGCAUGGCCGAACUUUGGCAGCACUGAGCGUGUGUGCCACAGCAGCAGCAGCUCUCACCUCGUCCCGGCGAGGGCGAGCAGCCCGACAGGCAGUAGUUUCCUCGGAUAGCGAGAAGAAGCCCGCCAUGUCGCAGGCCUUGCCGUUCAUGACGGUGCCCGCACAUUUGAGGAACAACCCCACAAAUCCAAGCUUGGUCGGCGAUUUGGGGUUUGACCCGCUCGGGUUUGGUGCGGACGAGUACAUUAACGAGGUGCUCGAGAACUUCGGGGUUGAGUUUGACGCGAUGCGAUGGUAUCGGGAGGCCGAGCUGAUGCAUGGACGCGUGUCUAUGCUCGCCGUCUUCAAGGUCAUCGUCGACUCAUCCUUCCCAGGAGUCAUGCCGUCAGAACAGGCCUUCUCUGCUUCCACAUGGGAGCUAGUUCAGAUGAUGGCCCUCCUGGAGGCGUUCCGUGGAUAUCGUCUCUUCAUCAACCAGGAUGCUAUCGCCGGUGACCUGGGUCUCGGUGCCGGCCCGAUGACGAACGGCUGGAAGAUGAGCUGGGACAUGACCGUCGAAGAGUUGGCAGAGAAGCAGUACAAGGAAGUGCAGAACGGCCGCCUUGCUAUGUUGGCCUUCGCAGGAAUGAUCACACAGUACAUGGUCACUGGCCGUGCUGUGGGCUUCGCAGAUGAUGCACAGCCCUUUCAGUUCAUCGAAGGGGUGGAGCAGGUGGUCACUGCCAACGACCUGGCCUUGACUGUUGCCGGCUCCGUGAUGGCCCUCGACGGUAUUCGCCGCAUCUCUAUGCCGGACGAAUCGAUUGCUGGACGGGCUCUGAACCUGACGAAGCUGAGCAUCGGUGUCCAGGCAAGUCUCCUGCCCUGGCAAGGAUUCCCGAGCUUCUGUCUUCGAAGCUCUGCUGGCUCUUGGUCUUCUUGA